CGGGUCACGAGCAAGUAUUUCGGGGAUCCGAGUCCGAGCAAGUUAAUGAAUUAGGGAAUUAAUUAAGUACUUGGAAUUCUCCCCCGCGCAGGGCUCUGGGUGGUGAAUCCAGCGCUCCUGAUGCUUUCUGCUUGUGGUGUGUCCUUGGAGCAAACACUUUUUGAUGCUUUCGAUUCCUGUGGUACAAGAGCUCUGCCCCACUCUGCCAGCCGCCCUCUCCACCGAAGUUACCACCCGGUCAAGUCCAGCUGUAGUCCUUCGUGCAAAACCUGGAGCAUCAGCGCUUGUGCUCUCCUGUUGUCAGCUGCCAUCUAAGCACCAAAGAACUCAUGGGUUGAAAACCUGUCCCCGGGAUUCUGUGGAAAGGCUGGAUUGCACAGGCAAAAUGUCUUGCCCUGAACACAUGGACAUCGUUUUGGAAGAUCCUGCAGAAGCAGGAAGGCUCGUUAUGGAUGAUAAGACACAAAACAGGAUGUUAAUGGAACUCAACCUUUUACCAGAAUGUUUGAGUAAAGAUGCAACAAUGGCAAAAGACACGGGAGAUGUUGCUAAGGAAGACCUCAUGCAGUGUCCUCUAACCGUGAAAGAAACCUGUUGGUCAAAAGAGAAGGAACCUCAGCUAAUCCAGGAAGGAAGAGAAUUUUCUUCAAGUUAUUCCUGUAUUGAAACAGCAGGCGGGCUUCAGCAGCUGGAAGAAAACCAAGAAAAAGUACAGGUGACAUCUGUAAACCUGUCAAACCCCGUGGAAGAAGCACAAGGUAUGACACCUGAUGGGACUAGACCAUUUAGUAAAGCAGGAGAGCACAGUGCCAAAGUGAAUGCAUGUGUUCCACCUGAGAGCAGUGAAUGCUUAGAUGUAGACACAGUCAUGGCCGAAGUUGCAGUUUCAGGAACUGGCACCUUACUCUCUCUGGAGCACUUUCAUUUUAUGGAGAGCAGAUCAAGAAGAGAACAGCUGAAGGAAGACGAAGGCGGUAGAUGUCUGACCACCUGUGCCACCCUAUCGGCAACUGGAGGCAGCCUUCCUAGUUGCCAGGCUGGAAGAAGAUGGCCCCUGAUUCAAGAUGAGGAAGUCCACAAACCCUUCAACAAUUGUCCACCUGCCCUGCUUGACAAGAUGAGCUUGUAUGAAAAUGAUAGUUCUGCACUAGUGUUGGAAAGCAAGAUUAUCAUUGAUACUCAGCUAUCAAGCACAAAUUCCCAAAUUCCAGGUCAUCUGUUGGGCAGUAGUUUGGAAUUUGGAAAUGCGCAGCAGGUACAAAAUGCAGCUUCCUCUGAAGUACAGAAAGAGGGUUGCUCUGAUAUCUUGAAGGAAGGCUUGAAUUGUUGCACUAGUGAAAAACUAGAGGGGCUUGUGGAAGAGUGGGCCUCCAGGCCCCACACGUGGAGCAGGGACAGUGAGCAUGAACAAGGAAGGGGUGAUUGUGUUGGCCACUCCCAUGAAGAAGCUGGUGGCAUCCAGAAAAAAGCUGCUGUGCAAUACUGCCGGAAAGACAUUGAUAAAAAACCUCACUCAGAGAAUGGCAAAUGCGCAGUUCCGGUGGAACAGUUCGCAGGGGCGAAAGGCCUGCAUCCUGCAAAGGGCCUGUUUUCCCUGCUGCCUUCACCUGAAGAACGUUUGCAGGAUGGCUGCAGGCAAGAUUGUGCAGGAACUGCCAGCAUCCCAAAAGACCAGCCUCAGCUGUGUGCUUCUUCCAGUGAGGGAAGGCUGGCCACCAAGGAGCAUGGGGCUCUUCUCAUGGGAGCAGAGGGCUUUGGGUGCUUUCGGAGCAGCUGCCACGUAAGCAGGAAUUCACAUCCUACCUGUCAUGGCCCUCAGGAUGGAGGUGCUGAGUCAGCUGAAGAGAGCUCAGUGCAGAUGGGACCCAGCAGGGACCCAAAGCCAGAGGUCCCAAAGAAUAGUUCAGCCAUCACAGCUCCGCCUGCUCCCAACUCUUCCAGCACAGUAGAUGUCAGCUUAGGUGCUGAUGAAGAAAAUCCCCAAAGAACUCAACUCUGUAAAGAGCUUCGAUUUACCAAGAAGGCGAAUAGGACUUCUGGUAGCAGCGUGCUUCUAAGCGGUCUGACCCAAGGACUCUUCCCUGAGACCUGGGCAAAGCUGGGCGUAGAAAGCACAAGCUGCUUGCCUCGAGACGAGAAGGAGCUGGCUUGCCCAGGUCGGGCUAGCUGUGAGUGUGCUGUAACAACUGGAGAGACACAGCACAGAACAGCCCUCAUGCUGAGGGACACUGAAGAAGGGACAGCUCCUAUGAACAGUUUACAGAGCACAGCAUGCAGCCCUGGUGGUGGUUUCCUCUCUGAAACUUGCUGCUCCAUGUUAGGAAGUGUCUCCUUAGAUCACGGUGAGCUAAAAUUGAGGACCAAAACAACCACUGAAGAAUCUGAUCAGUUGGAAAUGAGCCGCACUGCUGUAUUUGACAGGGGAGUCAUCCCUGCCCAGGUAUGUAGCGAUGGCCAGGCAUGGGGCUGCCAUCCCUCUGGCAGUGAUUGGGGGGGCUUGGAUGGGGCAGAAAGCAUGUCCAGCACUGGCCUACGAAAGAACCUAACUUCAAAACCAGAUGCAGAGGCUGAAAGCCAGAGAACUGACAGUGAUGACAUUUCUGCGACUUCAGAAGCCAUUCUGGGUGUGAAUGCCAGUGUUUUCCCUCCCUGUGCAAAACUAAGGCAAGACUUCAUUAACGCUUCACUGGUGGUUGAAUCAUUCGGAAAGGAAGCAAUAGAAGGUGUAAAAACAGGUGGAGACAGCCAGAGAAAAGGCCUGAGAGAGAAACUAGUGUGUGGCAGGCACUGGAACAAAAUCCCCCUUUCUCUUGAACUUGGCAAACUUACAAAAGAUCAAAGCAAGGAAGGAGGAGGGAGUCAACAAGCUGUCCCUGGCCAUCCCUCGUCCUCUGUGCCUGACCUCUCCAGUCAGAAGAGUGACCUGGCCUCUGGCUCCCCAGCUUAUGCAAAGCCGCAAGCCUGUGCUCUGCCUUUGGAACGGUCAUGCAGUAAAGAGCCGGAUCAGGCGAGACACACUGUUCAGCCUGCUGGGCAGCAAAAUGAUUUUAAUCAUGGAAAUGAAGCCCAAGCUGUAGACAUUUUAGAACAUCGGCCACCCCUGAUGUUGCCAGAGAAGCAAACGAUAGACUGUAUUGUACAGACUGCGACCCGUUCACGUGCAGAAUCUCAAAAAUUGCUCUGCUGCAGACAUAGCAGGACACCAUGUCCAGAGAAAGGCCAAGGGGUAGAAAACGGCAUGCAAGAAACACUCCUGCAACGGGCAGGGCGGUGCGGCACGUUCAGGGAAAUGGUGCUAAUUGGCCAUCCAUUGGAAGAAUCGUUUUUGGGAUGUUUAGAAUGUGCUCCUGAAUUAUUGAUGUCAAACGGCUUUGUCACAGAUCAAGCUCAUCAAGUAGCAAAAAGUGAGUCCAGUGCUGCCGUGGGAGCAGUCAGCAGAAGCCCCUCCGAUGUGCUAGACAAACGCCCAUUUCUAAAGUUUAACACUGAGCCUUCUUCAGCUCCUAACCAAGUGCUUUUCCAGCCAGACUCUCUAGCCUUCAUUGCCUGGAAUAGUCAGACAGGUAUGGAGGGAGUGUACUCAAAGUCAUUCAAGAAGAACGCAACUCCUCAUUUGACACACGUGUGUUUAGCUGUGCACCGUGCUGAGCAUCUCAGAAUCUUUUUAUCGCAAAACUGUGAACUUUCCUCUAAGGCUCUUUGCCUUCCUCUCACCAAGAGGCCUCCUGCUGCAAGCACCUCCCUGAGGGGAGAGCCUGCUUGCCCCCACAGCCCCUUAGCAGCAGAACCAGGGAGGGCGAGCCCUUCCUUCGGGGCAGACACCUGUGCAGCUUAUCCUCUGGAUGGGAGAGGAAUUCCCAUAAGCGCAGGUGGAAGUGCGCGAGGGGCAGGCAGAUGGCACGAAAUUGUGGCUAUAAUAUUCAGCAGUUCUAAUCCUUCAAGGAAGAUGAAACCAUCCGUGGAAGAUGACCAGACAGGGCAUCCUCGAACAGCUGAGGCAGCGGAGUUGCCAGUUCCUUUUCUUUCCCACCCCAAGAAUUCAGGAGCUCUUUUACAGUGCUUGAGGCUUCCUAUCAUGGGGGAAGAAGCCGCUUUCCCAUUCAGGGUGGAGGUGCUAACCAGGUCGUCUUUUGCCCAUCCAUCUGAGCACAUCCCAGAGCUUGGCUUGAGCAAAGCGAAAGAUCCCUCAAAAGUAGCAGUCAUUGCGUGGUAUCUAGAGAACAGUCCUUGCACCUCGCAGACACAAUGCUUAUUUCCCACAAGAUUAUCUCUGGAAAUCCUUUGGCGCACUGUGGCUUGUGCUUCUUCGUGUGGCAGCGUGUUAGAGGAUUCCCCAACAUGCCUCCCUCGCAGAGGAGGAUGUUUGCUGGGCGUAGAGUGUGGCCAGGAUCUGGCAGGGGUCAAAAGGAAGGUGCUGGAAAGUCAGCUGGUCCACCUCGGCACAGAGUCACCUGCUAAGAAGAGGAGAGCCUCUGCGACAGGGGAUCGCGUGGGGCCAGCCCAACGGUGGGCGCAAGGGGAGGCUGAGGCAGUGGCAGCUCUGCAUGCCACAGUCAGGCAGCGGGACCUGAAAAACGAGAGGGCGAGAAGCCUCCUGAAACGGAGAGGGAGGGUGGCUCGGCCCCCUUUGGGCAGCUCUUCUCACGAGAUGGACGCAGGUCUGGCAGGCCUGACUCAGCAGACACUUGCAGCGGGGAGCCCGGCGGAGGACUGCGAGGGCAUUUGUGGCACUUUCUGGGGAGCAAAACGGCCAAAAAGCGCCAUGGACUUAAUUGUGGGGGAGGAUGCCGGGACUGGGUGCCGAGCCCUUUCCUUCAGGAGCCAUAGCUGCCAGCCAGCGCAGAGUGACAGGCCCACAGCAGUCCACCGCACGUGGCCCCGAGCCAUCGGCAGUCGCCAUGGUAGGAGCCAGGCUGGCUUUGUCAGGGAGCGCAGCGUGAGACGGCCGCUUCCAUUCAGCAGGCAGCCUCAAAAAGCCUGCGCAAGGCUUCCUCCCGCAGGUCGGUGUGAGGCAGCCAAAACAGGUCUCCAGAUGCCAAGUUCUGCUUUCCUGAAGGCCGCUUCCAGGCGCAAAUGCACACCUCCCACUUCUGUGUAUUUUGCCACAAAGCCGGCAGCCAUGAAAAGCACAGGAGCCAUAAUCUGGAACCGAACGCCAAAGUGCAGCAGCAGCCAAAGCAGCUUGUUGGACUUCUUCAGGCUUCGCUGCCAUGCCAAAGCCCACGCAGUGCUCUUCAGGAGGCGGCCUGCAUCUGCAGACGCCCCCACGGCCUCCCCGAGGACCCCACAAAAACUCAAGCUGCUCUUACGUUCCACUCAGCUUGUUCCGGCAACUGCAGAGCACACCCAGCCUAGAAGCAAGAAACUGCUGGAAAUGGUCUCCUGCAUCAAGGUGAAGUUAUGCUCUCCGUGGAUUAGUGGUGGCAGCUGCUGCUUCAAGGUGUUCCACUCCCAGUCUGUAGCCCUUUGCCCCAUAGAAGUGAAUGAGCUGUGCUGCCUUGAGCCGAGCCACAGAACGCCGCUUGCCUUCAGCGCACCAGUCGCCCCAGCCUCUUGGCAUGCAGUAAUGGAGCCCAGCUCCCUGAGGAACCCCGCAGGGAUCCGCUCCCUGCACAGCACCCCUCAGGGGUUGCCCCUCCAAGAGGAGCUUGGUGCGCAGCCUUCCCGGUGGGACUUCUCUUUCCUCCUUCCAGAGCGCUGCCCAGGCAUCGCACCAGUGCAGAAAGACGCCUGGGCCCCUGCUGAGUCCGAUGCUGUGAUCGCCGGGUCGCUGACAGCAGCGAAGAAAAGGGAAAGAGACGCUGUCGCUCAGGGUGCAGCCUGCCCCAUGCGUGGCCUCCAGACCGUGCUGGCUCUGGUUUCCCCUGGUUGCUAUCGAGCCUGGACAAGAGAGAGGAAUCUAAGCCGUCGAGUCCCAGCUGUUCAGAAGCUGGUGCUGCCACAGCUCGCCUGGGGCUGGAAGGGGUUAAGAGGCUCCCCUUCUGUAUCAGCUGACCUCUUUUCUUCCUUGCUCUAUUCACUGGACAGGGGGCUGUCCCUAUGGAGCCAGCGGGGGCCUUCCACCUGUCCCUCCGAAUUCUCCCCUCUCUGCGCUGGUCGACACAAGUGGCAGCCAGUCACUGCUGCGGCCACACGUCUGGGCCUCGGGAACAGCUCUGCCAUGGCACCCCUGCUGCCUGACCGGUUCAUCGAAGCUGCCGGGCCCGCGGAUGACCUGAGGUUGACGCCCCCCCUGGCCACAUCGUUGCCAUCGUUUUGCUCAGCUCUAGAAUCGGCACAAUCUCCCGCGGGACCUUCGGCACCUGAUUUUCAAGCCCACCCACUGGAUGAAUUGGAUGUUUCUGUCCCUGCCUUGUCCAGGACUCGGAUUGAGGAAGCUGAAUCAGAGAAGAGGCCAAAGAAAGUCUCCCAGAUCCGGAUCCGGAAGGCAAUUCCCAAGCCGGAUCCCAAUCUCACUCCCAUGGGGCUUCCAAGACCCAAAAGGUUAAAGAAGACAGAAUUCAGUUUAGAAGAAAUAUACACCAACAAGAACUACAGCUCUCCCCCCACAACCAGGUGCUUGGAAACCAUCUUUGAGGAGCCAAAGGAGAAAAAUGGAUCUUUGAUUUCCAUUAGCCAGCAGAAGAGAAAGAGGAUUUUGGAAUUUCAAGACUUCACUGUUCCCAGGAAAAGGAAAGCUCGGAGCAGAGUCAAGGUGAUGGGCAGUUUCACCAGGGCCCAAAAGGCAGCUUUGGAGGGAAGAGAACUGGAUGUCCUUCUGAUUCAGAAGCUAACAGACCUCGAAAUGUUCUUUGCCAAGGAGGAGCAGGAACAAGCAUCUGGCAGUUGAGGUUGGAUCGCCAGCUGGAAGGGGCCGGGGCUUCCUUGAGCAUUCCAGCGUGCCCAGGGGGACACCUUAGUUUUCCCAUGCCAGCUGCUCAGCUGUGCUCAGCUCGCUUCUGGACCUGUCUGUCGUGGUCACAGAGAUAUUUUCUUCAACACUGGAGAACCACUAAUUUCCUUGGAGGCUCUGUCUUUCUUCUCUGGUGUCGCUGGAGAUUUACCUGUGGUUUUAAAAAAUCCCCUGGGAAAAUAAUUGGGCAAAUUAAAGGCUGAAAUAAUGCACCUUCACAGAUUAAAGCAUUUCAAGGACUUCCAGAUGUUGUACACUGACUUGGAUCUGCUGCUCUUCUCCAGUGGCCCCUCCAGAUGUGACUGGGAGGUGAGGAACUAGGCGUGGUGAGCUUGUCUCAGUGGACUGCCGGGAGCCCUUUACUCACAAGGACCGCUUGCUGAAGCACGGCGAAAAAUGGCACAUGCGGUUUCCAUCCUCUGCAGCCAGCGAGGCCCCUUUAGGACUCCUUUGUCCCCAGCCAGGUGAGACAGCAGGCCCCUGCCUUGACACCAGAGCACCAGCAUGUUGCGCUCCGCUGCCCGGGGGCCCACGUGAGGUGCGCGUACUUGCUUUCAUGCACUGUGGGGACCAAUCGAUCGAUUGAUCGAUCGUCUGGAGUUCAGGGUUAUCAGGAAACGACUUUAGCUGGUUUUGGUUUUCUCCGAGCCAAGAGGUGAGGGUGGGGCAGGGGCAGGGGCAGCAAGGGGGUGGCAGAGCUCAGCCCCCACUGGGCCCUUUCUGUGCCCUGAAGCUUGAUGUGGGCAGUGGGGCACUUCAGCAGCAGAGACUUUCAUUGUCCUUUAAGGAGGCUGCUGAGGCCUCGACGGUCUGCCAGAUUUGGCUGCCCCUCCUGUCACGCUCCCUGACCCUUACCCUCGUCUCUUCCGUUCCUUCCAGGGUUGACCUGAGCAGGGCCUUCCAGGUUUUGCCCUUGCUAUGCCAGGGGAACAAGUGACUAACAGGCCGGUGUGCACAGCAUGGCCACCAGCGUGCUGCUGGGUCGACAUGUGGGACUGGUGAGCAGCAAGGCGCCGCUUGCAGCCACUGGCAGGAAGUAUGAGCCUUCUCCCCUGGUGGGACGACUGCCAUGCUCUGGCGCAGUCCUUUCCCUUGGAACAUUUCAUAUGGUCCGCAGUAGCCGCCAGCUGUCUGCAGGCCUGGACUUUGGACCAGGUUUAGAGGCUGAAACUCCUGCUGGUCACCUCCUGCUCUCUUCAUCUUAAAUUUGCACUUUGUACCUCCACCCCAUGGGAACUCUCUGUAGCCCCCAGAAUGCGUGCAGCCCUGACACUUAGCCAAGGAUGGCUGCUCAGGCACUCCCCACAACGAAGGCACGGUUGUUUUCCUGCCAUUCUAAUAGCUUGAGCAGGACAAGGUGUUGAGAGCAGAAACGGCGUCACCUGGGGAACCCUGGGCCUUGAAACUGGAGGUAUGUGCCUGAAAUCGUGGACGCAUUUCUGCUCCCUACACGUCAUCCCCAGUGCGAUAAAGAUGCACCCGGAGAAUCAUUCCAAGAGCCUCGGCAGCGCAGCCAUUUUCGUGGGCACAUAGGUGACCCCUUCUCUUCGCUGCUGCAUGCAAGUCCAGCCUUCCUCAGCCUGGCCCCACUCAAAUGUGACGGACUGUGCCUCCCACCAUUUUCAUUCAUCUUCGCCACAGGAUUAUAGGAAGUAUAGUCUGAGACAUCUAGAGGGCACUAGGUUGGGGAGGCUGCCCAAGACGAUCAAACAAUACCUUUUGGGGUCUGGAGAUGUCUGAAUCCCUCCAGUCUCAGUGAGGGCAGGGGGGUCUGUGCAGCCCCGAAGCCACCCAGCCAAUGAACCGCAGUGGGUCAGUUGCUCAUGAGGCAGCUGACAGUGCUCCCGGCAGCCUGGCUCAAAAGGGAUUUCUCCCUCCCCCCAGUCCUGUUGCACGUUCCUGGCAUCUUUUGGGGUGGUCUCCCCAAAAGUACGGCGCAAGUGUACCUCCAAGCCUCGGGGAAGAGUUGAAACAGCGCAACCGCCAGCAUGGCCAGUUCAGCAGUUGAAAUCAAGAGGGCCAUGCUGCCUAGUGGGCGGUGCCGCCCCUCCUUUUUGUGUUUCUGCCCUCGCUGGAGCUUGUCCAUGGACUGGCAAGGCGCCUGAUUCCCCACAACUGGCUGCAGUCACACUUUCUACUGCAUUGCCACAAGUGUGCACUUGCACACCUGUGGUGGACCAAGAUGACGAUGGUGAUGAUGACCGGGGCCUUUCAGUCCAAUUGCACUUUCUUGAGGCUCCCAAAAAAAAAAAAAAAAAGCUGGGGAACAAGAGGAGGUCCUUCUGAGGUGUCCUUCGGCCCCUGCAGAAGGUCGGGGCCGGCGGGUCGAGGGAGCGAGUGGAGCAGCCAUGCUGCUCCCGCCCAGCCGCUCCAUCGGCAUCCCCACCAGCCGUGAGAGAAUUGCCCCGCCGGGUUUGGACCACACAACAGCUCCUCCUGGGUGUAGCCUCAGGGUGGCUUACUCGUGUCACAGGCCAAGGGGCAGGAGCAGUGCUUAUCUGGGCACCACCGGAGCCCCCGCCCCCCACGGCUGCUUGCCUGUGGGGAACCACUGUGUCCUGUGAGCCUGGUCCACAUUUCGGGUGUGCGGCGUUGGGUCCUCAUCAGGCGAUAGAGCCUUUUUGUCCCAUAGUGGGAUUUCAUGGCAAAAUACGUACAUCAGGGCAGACUUUCAGAUGGAUGUUUCCGAGUCCAUGGUCGGGAUGACCUUCUUUAGCAUAGGCCAGAUGCUUCCUACACAGUCAGUUCGAGAAUGUCUGUCGCUGUGUUUUGUGUGUACUUUUUUUGUUAGCGUCCUUUCCGCAACUGCAGGACUGUAACUGGGGCUGCGAGGACCGUGCUCGGCAUGGUUUUCUCAUAGUUGCCACAUCCCUGAUGUGGGCCAGGUUCUGUGGCAAUCCCACCAGGGAUGCUGUUUCGCCAUUCUUGUCUGGGAAGGGGUUCUUUUCUCCCCGGAUUGUUCAUAGAUUCAGCAAAGGCCCUGCGCUCCUGCUUCUUGGAGGACUCCACUAGGGCAACCGGUGGCGGGGGCUGGUGCAGGCGAGAGUGUCCGCUGCCCAGACUUCAGAAAGAGAUGGUGAACGUGCUUCCUGGGAAGGCCUGCCUUCCGAGGAACUGUUUUGAGUUGGAAGCCGGAUUGCUUUGCUUAAUUGGUUUUCAGUAUAAUCACGGACAUGAUUCUACUCAGAAUGUGCAAAAGAAAUUCCCUUUUCCCGUUGAAGUGAAGGCAGCCCUAAGAUAUAUUCUUAGAAGCACAGAGCAGAAAGCUUGGUGGCUCUGGUUUGAGGGGGCUGUGCCUGAAUGCAGUCAGAGCAGCUUUGGUCUUGUGCUGCCAUCUCGGCCUGCCCACCAGCGGCACAGCUCCGCCUGCUCCCUCCUCGCCAGCAGUUUUCACUGUGCUGGUGCGCCUGCAUUCUGUCACUGGUGAUACGGGGCUGACUGUUCAGCCAGCGUCCGAAUUCUGAGCUCUGUGAUAAAGCUCCAGCCACUCAGCGGUUGAUGGCCAAGAAGCUGCUUGUAACAAUGCUUGUUUUUAAGCCUUUUGCGCUAAUUUAAAAAAAAGAAUGAAAAUUUGCACAUUUUUGUACCAGUGGCUGCUCCCGUGACAUCAUCAUGACUUGUUUUUAAUUUCAGUAGUCUCUGAAUUUUAAAUUUCACUUUUCUUUUCCUGUACUUAAAUUAUGGAAAUAAAACAUAAUAUUUCAAAUGUG